AUGUCCUUGCUACCCGACCAAACGGUGCGCGUCAAUCGAGCUGACGUGGGCGUACAAGUCAAUAACAGCGCCACUGUCGCCGAUCAGGCCGCAGCCAGCGGGAGACAACCUCCUGCGGACAGUGCGUCUGCACUGCUGGAUGAACUUAUUCAGAUUUUAGAGAAAGAUGUGGAAGAGAGUAGCGAGAUGUGCAGUGAUUUGCAACAAUACAGGCUUGAGGGCACUGAAGUGAGGCAGCAAUCUGCCGAAGUCCUACAGCCCGCCUCACAUUCGGUAAGUGUGCCAAAUGCAGCAGGAGAGCGUGAAGUAGAGCAGGACAGUGCGGAUGGGCUGUUUGCCAAUUAUUCGGCUUGCUCACGUCUGAGCGAUAGUGAGGCCAGUUUGAGGGAAUUCGAGGAACUUGAGAAGACCAUCGAACUGAUGGAAGCCUCCAGUUCACAGCCCUCGAGAGAGAGGCCGGUAGUUCGUCAGAGAAUAAGGGCAUCUACACCGGCUGUACAGUCAGUCGUUUGCGGUGAAGGCAAGGCUAAGGCGACUGCUCUACCGUAUGAGAAUAAGUUUUGGAUUGGCUGUGGAGCGGACAAUCUGAAGGUCUUUAGGAAUCCAAAGGACCGACGCAUAGAGUCAAUUGCGCGCCUCAGUGGAUGCCGCAUAACGUUGAGAGAAAACAAACGAAGAAACGCACUGGGUCAAUGGCAACAACUGGUGGUUGUUGAAUCGGCAUCGGAAAUGGGUCUGAAGAAGUGCACGAAUAUGUUGGAUGAGAAAUUUCCUGCUUUCAAAGCCAGUUCGGGACGAAUGAACUGUAAGUUGGACUUCCGGUGA